UGGCUGCCAGUGUGCCACGGUGACAUGUCACACCUGUGUCCAUGUCCCGUGCCCGCCUGGCAUUGCCAUGUCCAUGUCCUGUGGCCACACGCGUGUCCCCGUGUCCGUGUGUCCCGCCCGUGCCCCCCCCCGCUCUGUCCUCCCCAGCCCCUCCGUGCCCCAGUCUUGGGACCCUGCAGGGGGACAGUGACAGAGUGCUGGCACGUGUCCCCUGGCCGUGGCGGGGGGGCCGCAGGGUCCUGCGUGCCCGUGGGUCUGUCACGCGUGAGGGAGGAGCCACCAGCCCCCCUCGGGCUAUAAAACCCCGGGCGGGUGCAGGAGCCGCCGUGUCCCCGGCACUGUCACCCCACUGCCAGGCCCUGCCUGUCACCUCUGCCUCCGCCAUCAUGGUGACGUCCCCGCGGCCGUGGCGCGCGCUGGUGGCCGUGUCCCUCUGUGCCCUGCUGUGCCUGGCGGCCGCGUACCCCCCGAAACCCGAGAGCCCCGGCGACGACGCGUCCCCCGAGGAGAUGGCCCGGUACUUCUCGGCCCUCCGCCACUACAUCAACCUGGUCACGCGGCAGAGGUACGGGAAACGCGCCAGCCCCGGCGCCGCGGUGACGGAGCUGCUCCUGGGGGCCGGCAGUGACAGGUCACGGUACGAUGACGACUCCUCGUGGUGACCGCCCCGCCCAGCCCCCCCUGCCCCCCAAACCCUCCCCAUCUCUCCGGGACCCCCCAGGGGACCCAGGGCCAGCGCAGGAUCCCCCGCUGGAAGGCCGGCGACCCCCAGAACCCGGCCCGGGGGGCAUCCCUCUGCCGGGGGGAGCCCCGACCCCGUCCCCUCCCCACCGCUGCCGGGGGGUCCCGCGUGGUCCCUGCACGGCCCCGCAGCGACAAUAAAGAGCG